ACUCUAGCUUUGGUAACCAUCGAGACACGUCCGGGGCUGCUUCCCCGGGGUACCUAUUACGUAACUUUCGGCACUAUAUUCUCCAUCUCUCGGUCCCACAAGCAACAUCAUGUUUGCCGUCAGAAACGUCCUCCGCCUCGGAUCCAGGUUAUCCAUCCCCGCGGUGGCGAGGAGGGGAUGCGCCGGGGCUGCAAUCCCGGUGGACGAUGUGGUGAACGGACUCACCGAAGAGCAGAUACAGCUCAGGCAGACUGUUCGUAAAUUCUGUGCAGAAAAACUUGCACCUCAUGCUGAUGAGAUCGACAAAAGUAAUGAAUUUCCAGGAAUGCGGGAGUUUUGGAAAGAUAUGGGGGAGAUGGGACUCCUUGGGAUCACUGCUCCAGUGGAAUAUGGAGGCACAGGACUGGGCUACCUAGAUCACGUCAUUGUUAUGGAGGAAAUGUCACGAGUGUCAGCAGCCAUUGCUCUUAGUUACGGUGCCCACUCUAACCUCUGUGUCAAUCAGAUGGUGCGGCACGGAAACGAGAAACAGAAGGAAAAGUACUUGCCAAAGUUAAUGACAGGGGAGCAUGUAGGAGCUCUGGCCAUGAGUGAGCCCAACGCUGGUUCUGAUGUCGUGUCCAUGAAACUUAAAGCCAAGAAGCAAGGUGACUAUUAUGUUCUGAAUGGAAACAAGUUCUGGAUCACAAACGGGCCAGAUGCCGACGUCCUUAUUGUUUAUGCCAAGACAAAUCCUGAGGCCCAUCAAAAAGGCAUCACAGCUUUCAUUGUUGAAAAGGGAAUGCCAGGUUUCUCCACAGCACAGAAGCUCGACAAACUCGGCAUGAGGGGAUCCAACACCUGCGAGCUGAUCUUUGAAGACUGCAAAGUCCCAGAGAAGAACAUCCUGGGUCCGUUGAACAAAGGUGUUUAUGUGAUGAUGAGCGGCCUAGAUCUGGAGAGGUUGGUUCUCUCAUCAGGACCUAUCGGCAUCAUGCAGGCGGUUUUGGAUUUUUCUGUUCCUUACCUACAUGUCAGAGAAGCUUUUGGACAGAAGAUUGGACACUUUCAGCUAAUGCAAGGCAAGAUGGCUGACAUGUACACCAGGCUGAGCUCCUGUCGACAAUAUGUGUACAAUGUUGCCCGGGCUUGUGACAAGGGACACUUCAGUGCAAUGGAUUGUGCUGGGGUGAUUCUGUAUUGUGCUGAGAACGCCACUCAGGUUGCUUUGGAUGGCAUUCAGUGUUUGGGUGGUAAUGGCUACAUCAACGACUACCCUAUGGGACGUUAUCUGCGUGAUGCAAAGCUGUAUGAAAUCGGUGCGGGCACAAGCGAAGUACGCCGGCUCAUCAUCGGACGAGCCUUCAACGCCAUGUUCAAAUAAGCUGAACUGAUCUCUAAAGACUGAAUGAGCUGUUUGCCGUGAAUGAACACAGUUACUCACACACAGGGCCUUACAUCGUAUGAAAUGUUGCUGCUGUUAGGAUGUUGUUGGAUUGUCAUAUGUCUCAGAAUCUGUCACCUAGGAUUUUAAUUCAUAUAUAUAUAAUGUACAUGAAAUCACUCAGUAAGAGUUAACAGUUACUGACAGGCAAAACAAAUUAAAUGAUGAUUCAAUGUGAAGUGGCCUUGAUGUCAUUUUGUUUUUCAUAUUAGGCUAACUGUAGUCUCCGUUACAGUCACUUGAUGACCAUUGAAAUGCCAAUAAAGCAGUAAAAUUAUUAUUAUUUAACUUUUUAAAUAGGCGGUAUCGCACAUAUAAUAUUUUCCUGCCAUGUCAUGAAAAUAAGUAAGCAUGUUAAAAUCUUUGAGGUAGUUGUAAACCAGUUGAUACAUCUUUUAAUUUCAACUGGACUAGAUGAAAGCUGAUUUUUGUGCCGUGUUGAACACUCCUGCUAGAGCUCCAAAAACUACUGCUGCCAAGAGUUUUGGCUUCAGUAUUUGGACGGAAAACAUGUACUUUCUCCUUCAUCCAGUCAAAUUGGCAUUUCAACUGCUGUAAGAACAAGUGGUUUCUGAUUACUGUUCCAUUAUUAUCAAUGUAUGAAAUCAGCAAAUUGAUGAUUUUGAGGCUGCAGGCUGAGCUGGUAGGAGCUUGGUGUCGCUCCAGGACACUUGGCUACACUACUGUUGCUGGAAUAAAACUCAAGUACAUCCAGUAAUGACUUUCUCCAACCUUAACAGUGUUUAUCACUACAGUUAAUUUAAAAAAAGCCUCAUGAUUCUACUUUAAUUACUCAUAAAUGUGUGGAGUUUUGUUUUGUACCUUCCCCUUGGGUUAAAUCUUCAGAAACCUCCUUUCAUGAUUCAGUGCACACUGAAGAGUUUUUCAUCAAUGAGGAAAAAAGAUGUCUGUGGGAACUCUGUUGUAGAGAAUCAUUAGAAACCUGUUUGUUCCUUUUUGGGAGCAAACAUAUUCCACUGUUGUAUACUGUCUAAAUCAGUCCAACAGGAGAAACCCUCCUCAUUUGUUUGUCUUCUCCUCUCCAAAGGACUUUGAUUUUAACUGUCAGUAUGUACAGAUUGUAUGAACUGUAGUAGUUUUGUUUGCGGUAAAUAAAAAUAAAAACCUUUUUUUUAUUUCUUGACUUGAA